AUGAGAAUGAGCUUUUGGAAAGACACCAUCGAUAAAAUCUAUGCCGGAAAUCCACCAGAACAGCCUAUUGCUUUAGCUUUAUCAGAAGCAUUAAAAACAUCAAAUAUGUCAGCCAUGUGGAUGAAGCGUAUCAUUACAGAAAGAACGAGUAAUUUGGAUGACCACCAAUUUAUGACCAUUAAGGAUAUGGAAACCUAUUCUGAAAAUACCCAAUCCAGUUUAUUAUAUCUUCAAUUAGAAUCACUGGGUGUCAAGGAUGUUAAUGCAGAUCACGCUAUCAGUCACAUUGGAAAAAUGAUUGGUAUUUCUACCUUUUUACGUUCAUUGCCGUUCCAUGUUAGUCAAAAGCGUCUUGUUUUGCCUGCAGAAAUCACAGCAAAGCAUGAUAUCUCCCAAGAAAAUGUCUUCCGUGGAGAAAUUGAUGGUAUGGAAGAUGCCGUCUAUGAUGUCGCAACUGCCGCAUAUGAUCAACUGCUCACGGCAAGAUCUUUACUUGAUCAAAUCCCCGAUGCUGCUUUCCCAGCUUUACUAUCAGCUGUCCCUCAUGUCAAGUACUUGGAAAAUCUUGAAAAGGCGAACUUCAAUGUAUUUGAUAUCAAGUUACAGAAGAAGGAUUGGAAAUUGCCUUUAAUUAUGUGGAAACAAUUUAAAACUAGAACCAUUUAA